AUGGCUAAGCGAAAAUGGACACUGCAGUUUCAGAAAAGGACUUUGGAACUUAUGCAGGACUUGAUUGAAAGAGUGCAGUGCUGGGGACAGAUGGUUGAAAAAGAAGCGACUUUACAGAAUGAAGAAUUGGAGAUUAAGGACAGUGUGGAGAGUCCAAUGACUAUACAGGAGGAAGAAGGAAGUACAGAUGAAGAACCAACAAAGGAAUUCUUUAUGCAAAAAGAAAGCUACAAGGUGGAAGUCGUUUCCCGGGAAGAAGAGGGACAAAAGCAAAUAACCAGCACUACACAACUUAAUCGUGAGAAGGAUGCAAAGCUGCAAGAAGACAAACAGGAACAAGAAGUUCUAAUUUUUGUCUUUUGGGGUGGGCUCUUUGAAAGGGUUGGGUCCCAUCACUUUCUGAGAGGAGUCUCCUUUAACAACAGUGCUGGUGACCUGGUUUCCUUUGACCAGAAUGGGGAGUUAGUGGCUGGAUUUGACAUUUCCAACUGGAUUUUUUCUUCAAACCAAUCCUUUCAUAGAGUGAAAGUUGGACAGGUGGACCCCCAAGGUCUUCUGGGCAAUGUAUUCAGCAUCAAUGAGAGUGCCAUAACGUGGCACAGCUGGUUUAAUCAGGCAAGGCCUCAUUCUGUAUGUAGUGAAAGUUGCUGUCCUGGUUUUAGCAAGAAAGUGAAGGAGGGGGAUCCAUUUUGCUGCUAUGAUUGCAUCCCAUGUCCAGAAGGGAAGAUUUCAUUCCAACACGAUAUGAAUGACUGUUCCAAAUGCAGUGACGUGAGCUAUCCAAGCAAGAACCAAGAUUCCUGUGUUCCCAGAUUGGUUUCCUUCUUGUCUUACAAUGCACCAUUGGGGAUGGCUUUAUCCUUUUUUGCCCUUUUCUCUUCCUUGAUCACAACUCUGGUGCUAGCAGCAUUUCUGAAGCACCGCAACACUCCCAUUGUCAAAGCCAACAACCGGGGCCUCACCUACACUCUCCUUGUCUCCCUCUUGCUCUGCUUCCUUUGUUCAUUGCUAUUCAUUGGCCAGCCACAGAAGGGGACAUGUCUUCUCCGACAAACUGCUUUUGGAAUCAUAUUCUCAUUAGCUGUUUCUUGUGUGUUGGCCAAAACCACCACAGUGGUCCUGGCUUUCAUGGCCACCAGACCGGGAUCCAGCAUGAGGAAUUGGGUGGGGAAGUCAUUAGCUAACUCCAUUGUUCUUUCCUGCUCAUUUCUCCAAGCAGGCAUUUGCUUUGUGUGGUUGGUAACUUCUCCCCCAUUCCCAGAUGUUGACAUUCAUUCAGUAAGAGAAGAAAUUAUAUUGGAGUGCAAUGAGGGAUCUCUGACUUUCUUCUACUGUGUUUUGGGCUAUAUGGGCUUUCUGGCCAUUAUCAGCUUCAGUGUUGCUUUCCUUGCCAGAAAGUUACCUGACAGUUUCAAUGAAGCCAAAUUCAUCACCUUCAGCAUGUUGGUCUUUUGCAGUGUUUGGCUAUCCUUUAUUCCAUCCUAUCUGAGCUCCAAGGGAAAGUACAUGGUAGCUGUGGAGAUCUUUUCUAUUUUAGCCUCUAGUGCUGGGUUGCUGGGGUGCAUAUUUGCCCCCAAAUAUUACAUUAUUGUGUUUAGGCCUGAGCUGAAUAACAGGGAACAGAUAAUAAGAAGGAAAGCAUGA